CUGGCCUCACCUAGGAGAAAGUGAAAAGGACUUUGGCUCUUUCUGAACAUAUAACCCAACUCAGCCGCGUUUGCUCACUCUUUCAGGAAAUCAGGUUGCCUAUAGCAAAGAAUUGGGAACAAGAACAAGAGAGCCUUAGCAGCUGGCAGAGCAAACAGCAUGAAUCCGAUGGCUUCAGCAGGACCCAUGGACAAUUCCAGGUUAGCGGUGGCACCCCACAACGGCUAUCCUGUGACCCAGCAAGUAAUGUGUCAGGUGGCCCUGUCUCCAAGCAACCAGCCCCAAGUACACCUACUUCCUGUGAACCCACCAGGUUUGAAGCUACCUGGGAGUGAGCAGCCUGUCCAGAGAGCCUUUAAGGAGGCCAAAACCUUAGGAGCUGCCCAGAUCCUUAUUGGCCUGAUACACAUUGGCCUUGGCUCUGUCAUGGUCACCGUCGUCUCUGGGGGCUACACAGCUAUCUCACUCUUUGGAGGCUUUCCCUUCUGGGGAGGCAUCUGGUUCAUUGUUUCAGGAUCCCUCUCAGUGUCAGCAGAAAAUCAGCCACAAUCUUCUUGCCUGCUGAAUGGCAGCUUGGGCUUGAACAUCAUCAGUGCAAUCUGUUCUGUGGUUGGAAUCAUACUCUUCAUCACAGAUCUGAGUCUCAUCCCAUCCUAUAACUACUCUGUCUCUUAUCCCCACAAUUACACCUGGGGUGUGAGCCCCGGCGUGGCUAUUUCCAGUGUGCUGCUCAUCUUCUGCCUCCUGGAGUUCUGUAUAACCUGUGUUUCUUCCCACUUUGGCUGCCAACUGGUCUGCUCUCAACACAACUACGUGGGCGUGGUCCUCCCGAAUGUCUAUGUGGCAAACCCAGGGGUCAUCCCAGAACCAGUGAACUCACCACCGACUUCUUCCAACCAGUUCCAGGGCUCCAGAUAAGCAAAGCCAAAGCUUCUAGAAGCAUCUUUCAAAGAGACAGAAAGAAGACUUCCUCUUUCUGGGCUUCUGAAACCCAGGAUCCUCCUUCCUUGACAAUCUAAGGGAAAUGUUUCUCUACCUGCGUGCAUCUUGACUUCAUUCAAUUCGGCAUGGUAAACCUUGCAUUUCCUCUAUUAAAAAGGAGACAGAAGGAGGUUGGGGGAGCCAGGUGGUGGGUAUUAUGGAGGGCACGUAUUGCAUGGAGCACUGGGUGUGGCACAUAAACAAUGAAUUCUGUUACUCUGAAAAGAAAUAAAAAAUUUUUAAAAAGGAGACAGAAAUUUAAAGUGGCUUUUAACAAAGAGAUCCUCCCUAGGGCAUUUGCACCUGGGGCUUUGUGUGCUUACACGUGUGAGCUCAUGGGUUGGAAGACCCAAUGUCUAGACAAC